AUGCACUGUCUCCUCCACUUGCACCACAACGGCCAUUGCCCGCCUCACCUUCCGUUGCUUCUGCAAGGUGUUUUGCCUGUCUUUGCAUCUGUGGCCCUCAUCUGCUCCCGGUUUCUAUCGAUCCUGCUUAUUAAGUUGUCCUUUUUAAACAGCGGAUCUGUCUCUGGGUUUGCAUCACCGGUGCAUGGGCCAAGAACAAGGCCAAGAGAUGCGUUUGUGCCUUGUCCUCCUGCUUCACAGUCCCCAGAUAGGCCUACUGGAGUUUCGCAGACUCCUGUCUGCUCAACAAAGAGCGAUCGAAAGCGCUCAAGAAAAACAACUCCGCGCAAAGCUGAAGCUAAAUCAAGGCCUGAUGAAGUUUCGCAAGCUCCUGUCUGCUCACCAAAGAGCGAUCGGAAGCGGUCAAGGAAAACAACUCCACGCAAAGCCGAGCCUAAAUCAAGAGAAAGCUCGCCGAACCGGGCUCAUUCGAUUAGACGCCGACGGUUGGUUACUCAUUCAGGUCCAGUUGGUGCUCCUGCUGGUCCUGAUGUCAACAUUGACGACACUGGUGAACUGGAUGAUCCAGUUUCGGAUCAGGAUGGAUCGCCAGGCCUCAGCCAGUCAGUGUACAAACCUUAUUCCCGGUUACAGUGCUGCUCGAAAACGUCGCCGUGUGCUGUUGUCUCCUGA